AGAAUGGGAGAGGAGUUUGGUAAAUCUGGGCUUUACAUUGACGACCUUUAUGCGAUCCGCGUCAUCGAUCCAGAGGUAGCCAACGAAACAAAUGAAUUGAAGGACGAAUGUGAAAAAUUUACUGACAAGUUAACCGAGUUCCGGCGGAUCAUCGAUCAGUUUGGAACCAUUAUCGAAACCUUUGCAGUGGAAGUGGACCAAGAAAAGAUGCGGGCUGUCGGGGUGCAGAAUAUGCUAAAAACAUUCUCCAAGCAACGAGAAUCCGAACAACAGCAGAUACAGAGCGAAAUCAUCGAGAAAAUGGUUGAACUGGAUAAGCUGAAGAUCGAGUACCAAUAUCUGCAGCGGAUUGAGUCGGAACAGCAAGAAAUGAUUGACAAUUUUUACCAAAAUCAGUGAUCUUUCGAACAGCGUUUGAAUGUACUUAUCCGUUUUUAUUGGUAUUUUGCUAUAAUUGUCACAACGUUUGGUGAUCGCUAUUACACUUUAGUACAAUAUUACAUGCGAAUGGAUUGUAGUUUUCCCCAGACAUUAUC